AUGGGCACCAAGCGUCGCGUCAAAGUCAUUUUCAUCGGCGCCGGCUGCAGCGGCAUCAACUUUACGGCCCAGAUGUACAAGCACAUGAGCAAUAUCGACUUGGUCAUUUACGAGAAGAAUCCGGACGUGGGAGGAACGUGGUUCGAGAACCGAUAUCCGGGCUGCGCCUGCGAUAUCCCGAGUGUGAGUUAUCAAUUUACCUGGGCUCGCAAUCCGAACUGGUCGAGGUACUACUCGGGUGCAAAAGAAAUCCUCGAGUACUUGCAAUCUGUUGCCCGCGACAAUCACGUCUACGAUCAUGUCAAGUUCAACCAUCGCAUAGUCGGGGCCGAGUGGCUCGAUGAUCGCGGAGAAUGGAAGGUCAAGGUGAUGCGGAACGACAAUCCAGAAGACACCUUUUUCGACUAUGCCCAUUUCCUUUUGAACGGCGGUGGCUGGUUGAACACGUGGAAGUGGCCGCAAGUCAAAGGGUUGGACGUUUUCCAGGGCCCCAAAAUGCACACGGCAAAAUGGGACGAGAGCGUAGACCUGCGAGGCAAGAAGGUUCUGGUGUUGGGGAUUGGAAGCUCGGGUGUGCAAGUGGUGCCUUCGAUUAUCAAACAGGUCGAUCGCCUUUACCUCGUUGCGAGAUCAAAGACGUGGAUCACAGCAGGCUUUGGACCACGGUUCGCCGGCCCCAACGGCGAGAACUUUGAGUACUCGGAGGAAACGAAGAAGAAGUUUCGCGACGAUCCCGAAUUGUACCUGCGUUACUGCAAAGCAGUCGAAUCCGAAUUGAACCAACGUUUCAAGCUCGUGGUCAACGGCUCCCGUGACGCCUGGAAUGCUCGGGAGUAUUCAAGCAAACAGAUGAAGCAAAAACUGGCCUCACGACCGGAUCUCGUAGAACAUCUCCUGCCCACCGAUUUUGGCGUUGGCUGUCGAAGACCCACGCCUGGCAAUGGCUUCCUGGAGGCGUUGGCGCAACCGAAGACCACCACUUUGAAAAAGGAGCUGGUUGAGAUCACGCCGACCGGAUUCAUCAGCGGUGACGACGGCCAACACUACGAGUGCGACAUCAUCAUCUGCGCAACCGGAUUCGACACGUCUUUUCGCCCACAAUUCCCCAUGCUGUGCAACGGCAGAAAUCUACAAGAUGACUACAGCAAUCCCGACAACAUUGCAUAUCUCGGACUCAAUGCGCCUGAAGUUCCCAACUACUUGAUCUUCUGCGGCCCUUACGGACCGCUGGGCCACGGCUCCAUCUUCCCCAUGAUCGAGGCCUACACGCGUUACAUCUUUCAAAUCAUCGAAAAGGCGCAAAUCGAGGAUAUCAAGAAGAUUCAGGUCAAGCGCAGCGCAGCGGAGCAAUUCUGCAAGCAUGCUGACCUAUACAUCAAAGCGACAGCCUGGUCAGGGCCUUGUAGCAGCUGGUUUAAGAAUGGAGACAUGAACCGCAAACCUCCUCUCUGGCCGGGCUCGCGAAUACAUUACAUGACCAUGCUACAGAAAGUUCGCUUCGAAGAUUACGAGAUCGAAUAUCUUUCGGGCAAUGCUUUCAAUUAUUUGGGAGAUGGGUUUGACGUCAGAGAAUACGACGGCAGAGAUUUGACAUGGUACUAUGGGCUGUUGGAUGGACAGGAUAGACAGCCAGCGCCUGAAAGGCUAGCACCGCCUAUGUAUUAGCGAUAUGGUGAGAUAUCCCAUCCGCUGCCUUUGGUCUUGAGCAGGCUGCGAGCGCUUCGUGCUUGGCGCUACUAUUCGCUCAUAAGUUUAUAGUAACUAUGAUCAAUGUAUUCUGCUCUGAUCGACCCUCGAGCGUACAUUUGCGCUCCGGAAUGCUCAUUGGGAGACCACACUCGUUCGAUUCGGCGACAUGAUAAGCUCGGGAGUAGAGAAACCUUAUGCCGAAGCACCGGCGCCGAACGGAUCAGCGCAGAAACUGUCUUCAAGUUGACUGAAGAGGUUCUCCCCUAGAAAGUCCUGGAUCCACAGAUCAGGUACAUCAUCGCCGGAGAGUGUGGAAAGGAACUGAGCUCCGGAGAAUGUGUCGAUCUCAGCAGUGAAUUGCCGCUCGCGGCUGCUGUUGCCCAACGCUCCCGCAUCAGCUGAUCCACGACUGUCACCACCAAGAACGUUCGGAGGCACAGCACUGCCAGUAGAUGCUCGCGAUGGUGUUUCCAUGAGCGCUAAGCCUGCACGCUGAACGACCCAUUCAGACACGCGUAGAGUCCAUCGUGCGAGUCUCCAUUGUGAGCUAAGGUCCCGAAAGAAGCCUAACAUAGCGUAGAUGUGCGCUUUUGCGGUAUGCCGCUGGCUCAAAGAUCUCGUGUGGUCCAAGCCAAUCUCGAUCUGAUAAGCCAGGAGAUUACAGGCACAUACAAUA